ACUGCUUAAGUGUUUUAUUCAUCCGCGAUUUCUGUGAAUUUCUCUAAUUUGUAAAUCAGGUGUGAUGAACCAUCAAUCUCACGAUACUUCGUGGAAUCAGCAAUUCAACAUUCCGAAGCGCUUUGAAGUUCCAUACAUGAACUCGAGAUAUGGAAUUGAGCGAGAAGAAUUGCAUCCACAAUAUCGAACAUCAAACUCGGAUUACGGAUGGCACGUUCCUCCUCCGCACGAUCCUCAAAGAUACUUCCCUCUGAAGCAGACCUUCACUUCGCAACUGUCCAAGAGCGGAAUGUACAGGAACUACUCAUUGAAUACGCAACUUGACGGCAGUUACAUCCAAUGAAGACUU